UGCUUUCGCAGAUCAACAAAUCAUCGCCGCCUGUGCUAAAGCAGAGACAGGGGCCGCUGAGGCUUGGAGAUCGUGGCAAAGCGCAGCAUUGGCGCUUUGACUGCAUGGUAUCUGCCGUCUGAAGUUCUCUGCCAUCUGGGUGUCUUUCGGGUCGAUUGAAGGGCUCCGUAGCAGGAACAGGAACAAGCUAAACCUCAGCAAUGGCAGCGUUUCUUGCCAGGUCCCUGUUGACCAAGAAGGCCCCUCUCCAGUUGGGUCGCAUGUCCUACUCCUCCUCAGUGCCCACCACUAAGCUGUUCAUAGAUGGCAAGUUUGUGGAGUCCAACACGUCUGAAUGGCUUGACAUUCACAACCCUGCCACUAAUGAGGUGGUGGGACGUGUUCCCAAAGCCACCCAGGAAGAGAUGCUGGCAGCUGCAGACUCCUGCUCCAGGGCCUUCCAGUCCUGGUCCGAGACCUCUAUCCUCAGCAGGCAGCAGAUCUUCCUCCGCUACCAGCAGCUCAUCAAGGACAAUGUCAAAGAGCUGGCCAAGGUGAUCACACUGGAGCAGGGCAAAACUCUCGCUGAUGCUGAGGGCGAUGUGUUCAGAGGCCUGCAGGUGGUUGAGCACGCCUGCAGCGUUACAUCCCUCAUGCUGGGUGAAACGUUGCCCUCCAUCACCAAGGACAUGGACACUUACACUUACCGUCUGCCCAUCGGAGUGUGUGCCGGCAUCGCCCCUUUCAACUUCCCUGCUAUGAUCCCCCUGUGGAUGUUCCCCAUCGGCAUGGUUUGUGGCAAUACCUACCUGAUGAAACCCUCUGAACGUGUCCCAGGAUGCACCAUGCUCCUGGCCAAGAUGCUGCAGGACUCCGGGGCACCAGAUGGUACACUAAACAUCAUCCACGGCCAGCAUGCAGCGGUGAACUUCGUCUGUGACCAUCCUGCCAUCAAAGCCAUCAGCUUUGUGGGCUCCAACCAGGCUGGAGAGUACAUCUAUGAGCGGGGCUCCAAGAACGGCAAGAGAGUGCAGUCCAACAUGGGUGCCAAGAACCAUGGUGUGGUGAUGCCUGAUGCCAACAAAGAGAACACCCUCAACCAGCUGGUGGGCGCGGCUUUCGGGGCGGCCGGUCAGCGCUGCAUGGCUCUCUCAACUGCCAUUCUCGUAGGAGAGGCUCGUGAUUGGCUCCCAGAGCUGGUGGAGCGCUCUAAAGCUCUGCGUGUCAACUCAGGCGAUCAGCCUGGGGCAGAUGUGGGUCCCCUGAUCUCUCCUGAAGCCAAGGACAGGGUGAACUCUUUGAUCCAGAGCGGGGUGGACGAGGGUGCCAAGCUGCUGCUGGAUGGCAGAAAUGUCAGAGUCAAAGGAUACGAGAAAGGAAACUUUGUGGGCCCCACCAUCCUGGCUGGCGUUUCGCCGGAGAUGACCUGUUACAAGGAGGAGAUCUUCGGGCCAGUGCUCAUAGUCCUGGAGGCAGACAGCCUUGACGAAGCCAUCUCUUUGAUCAACAGGAACAAAUACGGCAACGGCACCGCCAUCUUCACCACCAAUGGAGCAACCGCACGCAAAUACACACAUGAGGUGGAUGUUGGCCAGAUUGGUGUGAACGUGCCCAUCCCUGUCCCGUUGCCCAUGUUCUCCUUCACCGGCUCCAGAGGCUCAUUCAGAGGAGACACCAACUUUUAUGGCAAACAGGGAAUCCAGUUCUACACUCAGAUCAAGACGGUGACAUCUCAGUGGAAGGCUGAAGACGCCACCCUGAAGAGCCCAGCUGUUACCAUGCCAACCAUGGGACGCUAAACUGACAGUACAUCCAGAAUAACCCUCAGUGACUGCUGGUGUGCCUUAAUGUUUAAGAGGGAGCCCAAGGAGAGUUUGGUUUAAGGUUACAAGUCCUUACUGUUUAGCAAUACUUUCACGGGGGAAUACUGCGUGGUGAUUCUGUUACUUCAUACAACCUGGAUAGUGUUGUUGCACAAACAUGAGUAGCAUUUCGGAAGUAUAGUAAGCCACAUUGUACCUCAUCACGAAGGAGAAACCAGACUGUUUCCAUGGACGUUAUAUUUUGUACCUGUGAGACAUAUAUAUUUGAUGGUUUGUCAUUUUCAUGUCCAGGAAGACCAUACUUACCAGUGAUUUCCCCCCCCCUUGAUCCUUUGUGUCCUCAGACAUCACCUUUCUGUCUGCUCUAAACCUCAGAGAUCAGAGUUCUGCCAUCACUGGUUGCUGUUUCUCCCACUUGUCCUGUAUAUCAGAGCACUGUGUUGAUAAUUGAAGAGGUGACAAAUGAGGCAAAUGCUAUAUCCAGAACAUUGCGACACCUGUUUUCUAUCACUCCUGACAUUUAGAUUGUGGUUGCAGCUGCUGUACUGAAAACUCUAUGUCCUAUACUAUCCAGUAUCUGGUUUAGUGUGUGUAUGUGUCUGAAUUUGACAAAGUCGCACUGUAGCUUCAGUGAUCCUUUGUUACCGGCCAUGUACGGUAGAUAAGUUGUUUUACAGAAAAUAAAAUGUCGCACUUGAUACAUGA